AUGAAUCCUAUGGAGAAACAGAAUCAUUCUGCAGUGAUUGAGGUGACUGAAUUCAUUCUCCUGGGGAUCACCAGCAACCCUGGGCUGCAAGCACCUCUCCUCGCAAUCUUCCUCAUCAUAUAUUUGAUCACAGUGACAGGCAAUCUGGGCAUAGUUAUCUUGACCCAUUUGGACUCCAAGCUAAAUACCCCCAUGUACUUUUUCCUUAGACAUCUGUCAAUUACUGAUCUUGGUUACUCCACUGUCAUCGGCCCAAAAAUGAUGGUAAACUUUGUGGUGCACAAAAAUACAAUUUCCUACCAUUGGUGUGCCACCCAGCUGGCAGUCUUUGAGAUUUUCAUCAUCACCGAACUGUUCAUUCUUUCAGCAAUGGCCUAUGAUCGCUACGUAGCCAUCUGCAAACCUCUCCUCUACGUGGUCAUCAUGGCAGAGAAGGUGCGUUGGGCACUGGUCCUUCUUCCUUAUUUCUACAGCACAUUUGUGUCGCUCUUUCUCACAAUCAAAUUAUUUAAAUUGUCCUUCUGUGGCUCCAACAUUAUCAGUUAUUUUUACUGUGACUGCCUUCCUCUCAUAUCCAUGCUCUGUUCAGACACACAUGAAUUAGAAUUGAUCAUUUUAGGUUUUUCAGGCUGUAAUCUGCUCUCUUCCCUCUUGAUUGUUCUUAUAUCCUACAUGUUUAUUCUUGUGGCCAUCCUCAGAAUGAACUCAACCGAGGGGAGAUACAAAGCUUUCUCAACCUGUAGUUCCCACUUGACGGUGGUGGUCGUGUUCUAUGGGACAUUAUUGUUUAUUUACCUGCAGCCCAAAUCCAGCCAUACUUUCGAUAUUGAUAAGAUGGCCUCUGUGUUUUACACCUUGGUGAUCCCUAUGCUGAAUCCAUUGAUCUACAGCUUAAGGAACAAAGAAGUAAAAGAUGCUCUGAAGAGAAUUUUAACCAACCGAUGCAAAAUUCCCACUUAA